AGACGAAAGGAACGCUACAUUAUGUUUCCACGGUCCACCAGUGCCAUUCCCUGCUCCACACAGGUCAUUGUUCGGUCAUGCCCGGAUGAGCUCGCGUAUGUGCCUUCUUUUCUAUAACUGCCACAAGGGCUUCGCGAAUUACGUAGAUUUCCCGUGCGCAUCGAUUCUUAUGCCCGCCAACUUGCGCCCGAAAACAAUCUGCGCUUUUCCAAGCCCAAUCUUUCACCAAGUCAAAGGAAAUGGAUGAGGCAAUGCCUUCCGCAUCCCCAUCAUCUCCUUUUGAGGCUGGCAUCUAUCUUCCUGGGGGCCAUAACACCGACCCGCCUAUGACAUCCGAUACGGACGGCUAUCGAUUGAAUCACUUUAUGCUCCGCAUCAGGGAUCCUCAGCGCACUCUGCAUUUCUAUAUUGACCUCAUGGGCAUGCGCACUAUUUUCACCAUGAACGCCGGUCCGUUCACCAUGUACUACCUUGGCUACCCAUCCACCCCCAGCGACCGCGCCGAUCUUUCUGCCUGGGCCUCCCGAGUCGCCAACGUCCGCGAACUUACCCAGACCAUUGGGCUGCUGGAGUUUUACCAUAUUCAUGGGACUGAAAAGGACGAAGAGUUUAGACUCUCUUCCGGGAACUCGCCUCCUAACUUGGGUUUUGGCCAUCUAGGAUUCACUGUCCCGGACGUCCCCGCGGCUGUCGAGCGACUGAGGCGGGAAGGGGUACACGUGCUGAAAGAUCUUGGGGAUAGUUCGAGGGAGAGUGUUCCUCUCAGUACUUGGGAGGAGCAUCGCGGCUUCGGGACGGGGGAUGUACAUCCAAAGUUCAAGGAUAUUUACGAUCAGAUUGCGUGUGUGGCUGAUCCGGAUGGAUACAUUGUCGAACUUGUUCCGCAGAACAUGCAGGAUCAAUGGGCCCAGUCUAGUUAACUCCAAUUGGAAGUCAACCAUGUGACCUGUGACUGUUGUAGCAACCCCAAAGAGUAACUAUCUAACUCACUCCAUUCAAGAAUAACGGUCAGCCCUGAAAUCCAAGCCACAAAUUCCAUUCCACCACAACUACAAACUCCGCGGGACUUUCUACCGCGUCCCCCUAACAACAGUCGUAAUCCAAUAGCAC